AUUCCACUCAUCAAAACACAUAUAUUAGUGACAAAAGCUUUAUUUUGAAAAAAUAUCACUUCCAGGUGACUUUAACGUAUUCAGGUGCACAAUGGUUCAAUCUGUCAAAGGAGUUUUGAAUUAUUUGAUUAUAUUUAAAAUAAAAUAAAGGAAAAUAAAUAAGUAACAAAUGAAAUAAAGGAUUUGACUGUUUGUUCCAAGCACAAUGGGGGGUAAGCUUUGGUCAAGAAAGAAAAAGGACUUAAAUUGUUUGAAGGAAUCUGAAGAAUGUUGUUUACGGUGGUAGCUGAUGGGAAACAUUAUCCUGUUAAUGAAUGACUAUAAAAUGAUGAGAGUCAGUGUCAUAAUUUGCCUUGCAAUUAUGAAUUUGCCUUGCAAUUAUGAACAAAAAUGUAAAAAUUCUCAUUUAUGAUCAGUGAAUUAUCUUACUAGCCAGAAAGGCCCUGGAAUAUGAAUGCACAGGUCCACUCUUGUUUGCACUCAAUUGUACACGAUUGUAUUCGGGCAUCCACUACGAGAGAAAAGCGCAUUGUAAGCUGCUGUGUCUAUUAUAAUGAUUCUAACAGGGUACAACAUUUAGUUUUUGAGUUGAUCAAAAGAGUUGAAAAAUGCAACUUUUUUUUAUCAAGAACAAAAUAAAUGGAAAACUACCAACCACAGACAGGUUCUUUAUGUCUGUGCUACCAACCCCUUAACAGUUUUGGUAUUGCGCCCUCUCGUGAACGGUACAACUUUUGCAGAAAACAAAAUGGCGUUCGCUGGGCGGCAAUUUCAAUCCCUCCGGAGAUCUUUUCGAAGGAGCACCAGGAAACGAAAUUACACAUUAAACGACCCAGUUGUUUCUGAAACUAAGAAAAGAAAGACAGAGGAUGAUGAGAACUUGCAGCCUGUGUCCAACAAUUUUGAGGAUCCAUCUGCACAAAUGCGGCUCUGGUCAGGAUGCAAGAACAUGGACAACACGCGGGACAUAGUGGAAGACCUAGACCUCUUUUACUUCAGGCAGCUUGCUGUUAGCUUACAGGAUUUUGAGCUUCAGAAGAAGAUUGACGUCGAGAUCAAGAUGCGAGAAGGAACGAAGAAACUCCUGGCAGCCUGUAACCGCGAGCAGCAGAUGCUCCAGGGUUCCAAGUCUCUCUUAGUCUCCGACACCAGGGUGCUCGCCUACAUGUCUGAACUACAGAAACGCAAGACGGCCGAGUACGAGAAACAGGCGUCGCCCGCUAAGAGUGGAGCCAGCUCGGCAGAGAAUGGGUCUGGGAUGGUGCCCUGUAAAGGAAAAUUGGCAGUUUCUGACAUCAGAAUUCCUCUUUUCUGGAGAGAUGUAGAUCAUAUUCGAAACAGAGGAGAUCAUCACCGGUAUGCCGUCUUCUGUCUACUCAAAGUGGGUACAGACAUCUUCGAUACUCAGUUGGUUACCAAUGUGGAUAGAACCUCCACUGACGUCACAUUCAGCGACUCCUUUGUUUUUGAAAACGUUUCCCCGGGAUUUGAGUUUACCCUUGAGGUCUAUUCGUACAAUCUUCACGAUGACAUGACCAUCGCCAGUACACCUCAAAAGAUCCGCAGGAAAAUCAACUCCUUCUCCAAUUCGGUGGGGAAAUCCGUCGGACGAAAACUGCAGACUAGUUUAUCCAGCGGGUCCAAUGAGGAGCUUCUCAGUGUACCAACGACACCAGGCACACCCGGCUUCAGGCUUGUUGCUCGAUCCACCCUGACGCUAGAUGAAGCCAACACUGUUAUAAAGACACAUGAUCUGAACAUGGAAAAUGAUGAAAGCACUCGUCAUCAUUGCCUGCCGCUAUUUGGUAAUUUUUGUUGCCGGUUUGCUGCUCAGCCAGAUUGCAUCGCCAAAGAUUUAGCUCAGGGAAGUCUUCAGCUUUUACAGACGACUGCAGGUGUCCAAACUUGGAGAAACCUGAGAGGGGUCUUAAGAGACGGUGACCUGAGACUACGGGAUGAGGAAGUAUUCAUCAGCGAGGAUCCUGUGUACACCAUUCCAAUCUCAAAGGAUACAUUGAUAGCCGCUUCCUCAAAGUUCAGUGUGACACAUCCUCAUCUUCUAGAGGUCAGCGAGAAUAAAGAGCGCCACCACUUGGCGGUACAGAGCAAGGAGGAGAUGUCGAGAUGGCGUGAUGCACUCGAACAACUUGUAACAAAUCAAGGUGCUUGGAAUAACGCUUGUCAUACUUCAGAGGUAAUCAUCAUCCCAGACCCAAGAAGACCUUCUGUGGAGUCUGAUCGCACAGGUUCACUCUAUGAUGAAAUGUCAAUAAGUCCCGACUUCCCAAGCCAAGAUGGGUCUGAAGAGGAUGCUGUUUUCAUCGACUCCCCAGCGAAUAAUCUCAGACCAAGACCCGUUAAACUUCCCAAGCCCUCCAUAUUCUAUAUUCCCAAGAUGCUGUCGAGGAGGGAGACAAAUGUAUGAACUCUGGUAUACAAUAAUAAUAUUAUAAUAAGGCCACAUUAAAAAAAAAAAGUUGUUGUUCAUCCCUGCCUGACCUUUCAAAACCCCCAGACCCCAUUUUUUUUUUUUUUUUUUUUUAU